AUGGCAAAAGAGAAGUCCGAAAUAGAGAGAAAGAAGAAGGACAAAAAGCGGUCCGAGAGUGAUGGCGUGCACAAAAAGUCCAAGAAAGACAAGAAGAAGGACACGAGCUUGCUUGCUGAGGCUGCUGAGAAGGAUUUGACCAAGAAGGUCCUAGACCAGCUCGAGCAGCCAGCGGUUGUUGCUGCUGAGAUCACUUCGAAGAAAUCGGCCGCGGACCGACCCAUUGGUGCCCUUGUGCCGUUCGCAAACCCGCUGGCGGAGGAUAAGGUUGCGAAGAAGGUGCUCAAGAGCGUUAAGAAGGCCGCCGUGAACAAGUCACUCAAACGAGGCGUGAAAGAGGUCGUCAAGGCGCUGCGGAAAUCACCUGUGCCACCUCCCAACGCCGUUAUCGACAGUCCAAGCGCCGUCGUUGUGCUCGCAGCCGAUAUCUCCCCAAUGGAUGUCAUAUCACAUAUCCCCGUUCUUUGUGAAGACCACGGAAUUCCCUACGUCUAUGUCACGUCAAGAGCUGAGCUGGGGAGCGCCGGGGCCACCAAGCGACCGACCAGUGUGGUCAUGGUGCUGCCACGGUCGAGUGGGAAGAAUAAGAAAGACAACGAUAAGCAUGCCGAUGAUAAGGAGGAUAAGGAGUAUUAUGCGGAGCUUGUCAAGGUUGUGCAGAAAGAGGCAAAAAGGGUAAAAAUAUAA